AUGAAUGUAGGUAUAGGAACACUCUCCGACUCUCCCUUCCUCUCUUCAGUUCCCUGCUUCUCCCUCUUUCUUUAUUCCACCCCUUUUUCUUGUUCAGACUGCUUAUCCAUUACUCUUUGUUCAUCCGUUCCUUUUUUUUUCCUUCCUUUACCAUUUCUUCUUUACACGUCAGUCUUUCCUUUUUUUCUUCAGUUUUAUAGACAAUGUAGAAUCACUGCUCCAGGCUCUUUUGCUAUUGUGAUUUCUUCUUCUUCUUCUUCUUCUUCUUCUUCUUAUCUAUUGCUGACAGAUCCAGUGAUUCUUUCUCUUCUUCCGCUUCCGUUUUUUAAAUUUCCUUUUAUCUUUCUACCUUCAUAUCUAUUUACUUACCUGAACCCGCCAGCAAUUUUUUUUAGUGAGGGAUGGGGGUCUCUCUCUCUCUCUCUCUCUCUCUCUCCAUCUCAGGCUAAUCAAUUAUUUUUUGUUUGCACUUAUUUGUUCCAAAUCUAUCUAUCUAUCUAUCACUAUCACUUAUCUACCUAUCUUUCUAUUACAAUCACUUUUUAUUUAUCUACUUAUCUAACUAUCUUUCUUAGUUUUUUCAUAGCUAACUCUUUUCAUGUCUGUAUUGUCUGUUCCUGUUUAUCUAUCUAUCUAUCUAUCUAUCUAUCUAUCUUUCUCAAUCUGUUUGCAUCUAUCUAUUACAAUCUGUGCGUAUCUAUCGUUCUCAAUCUGUUUAUAUCUAUCUAUCUAUCUAUCUAUCUAUCUAUCUAUCUAUCUAUCUAUCUAUCUAUGUCAAUGUGUUUGUAUCUAUCUAUCUUUCUCAAUCUGUAUCUAUCUAUCUAUUUAUCAUCUAUUUAUCUAUCUAUCUUUGUCAAUCUGUUCGUAUCUAUCUAUCUUUCUCAAUCUAUCUAUCUAUCUAUCUAUCUAUCUAUCUAUCUCAAUCUGUUUGUAUCUAUCUAUCUAUCAAUCAAUCUCAUUCGGUUUGGCAAAAAAAAUGAGUUCUUUUUAUACAAGCCAAAAGAAGGAAUUUUGCUUUCUAUUAUAACUUCACCCUCUCUCCUUCUUUCUCUCUUUCUGCUCUCUCUCUCUUUCCGCUUUUUUUUGUUAUCUUAUCCCUCUCUCUCUUUCCCACCUUUCUUUCUCUCUUUCUCCCUCUCUUUCUCUCUUUCCCCCGUCUAUCUCUCUCUUGUUUCUUUCCUAUGUCUGUAA